AUGACCCAUUCCGAGUACAGCGAGCACUUUGCCGAAAUCGAUGGGCAAAAAAUUGGCUACUCAAAAUACGGGCAUGGAGCCACAAAUAUGUUAACGAUUUGCGGUGGAGUAGGUUGUUACGCGAAAGAUUGGCCAUUGUCGACAUUAGAGCACUUUGAUCCCGAGAAAUACACGAUUAUCAGCAUCGAUCCACCUGGUUACGGCAAAUCCCGUCCACCAGAGCGCGUGCAAAACGUUUUCCGCUGUCAAAAGGACGCGGUUAUUUGCAUGAAAUUGAUGGAGCAAUUGGAACUCCUUCCAUUCACAGCGGUCGGUUGGAGUGAAGGCUCGAGAACGGCACUUCAUCUUGCAGCAAAUGGAAUUCAAAAGAUAAACCGAUGCGUAGCGAUGGCUGCAACAACAAGAAUCGAAAAGCGGGCGGUUGAAGUGACCAAGGGAAUGAAAAAUACUGACCUGUGGCUACCGGCAGAUCGAGAGCCUUACCUGAAGCACUGCUCAAAUGAGUUUUUCAAGAAACAAUGGGCCGAUAUCAUGGAUACAGCCGAAGAAUGCUAUAACAUGCUUGGUGGUCGAUUCCCGUGUGAUGCUCUCUUGCCGAGAAUCACUUGUCCAGUGUUGCUUUUGAAUGGAGGACAAGAUUGGUUUCACGGAGACCAAAAGGAAAUAAUGUCUCGUAUAAAGGACGUCAAAAUGGAGACACAAUUACACGGAGGACACGAUUUUCACCUCAAAUACCCGAAAUGGGUUGUUGAUAAAAUUGAGCGCUUUAUUACCGAAACCAGU